AUGCAAAGAAAUAGAGAUGGAGAACCGGUUUCUUUUAGUGUGCUCGCUAGUGUUGGUCCUCCUUUAAUUAGUGGUAUUUUUACCUUGGCUCAGCAGAUUCACAAAACAGUUGAAACUUGCGGUGAAAAUGAUAUAGAUUGUAUUGAAUUAGAUGGACAUAUUUAUGAAGUUAUUGAUUGUUUGGAAUAUAUUGAAUCCGACGCACCACGACUGUUUAAACAAUUAGAACAACCAAUAAUAAACUUAGAAACUUGUCUAGUAGAUUGCUUAGAAUUAGUGCAAAAAUACACUAAUGCAUCUGCCAUUGGACUAUUCUUACGUAGUCAUAGUUAUAAACGAAAAUUUGACAAAAUGAACGAUCAAUUAGAAAAGUGUAAGCAGCGUCUUUCAUUUGCUAUUCAAGUUCAUUCUUUAUCAGUCACUAAAAAGAGAUCACAAUUUACAACAAGAAUAACAACACAAACAUUAGGUUUAGAUGGACGUCAUAAACGAACACAUGCUGAUCAGUCUAAACAUAGACCAAUGACACCUCUUGUUAAUCAUGCUGUGAAACAAUCUCCGAAAAUCAGUCAUCAUCAAAGUAGACAUCUACAUCAUUCCAACAGUCCUCAUCAUCAACAGAGACCUCGUGUAUCAAGUUUACCACGUACACCCAAUAUUCCACGUGUAUCAAGUGUACCACGAUCAUUAAUGAAUGGUGUGCAUCAUCACUAG